AUGAAUUCUAAAAUUAUUACUCAAACUCUUCGUUUAACAAACCAGGUUCUUAACCCAGUAGUUGUUUCAACUGCGAGAUACCACGAGAAGGUAAUCGAUCAUUACGAAAACCCCCGAAAUGUUGGAUCUCUGGACAAAAAUGAUCCAACAGUGGGAACCGGAAUUGUUGGAGCACCUGCCUGUGGAGAUGUUAUGAAACUCCAGAUCAAGGUAGAUGAGAACGGAAAGAUUAUUGAUGCAAAGUUCAAAACAUUCGGUUGUGGUUCCGCCAUUGCUUCCAGCAGUUUAGCGACUGAAUGGAUUCAUGGUAAAACUGUGGAAUAUGCUGCUGGUAUCAAGAACGAUCAAAUUGCCAAGGAGUUAUGUUUGCCACCUGUCAAGCUUCACUGUUCAAUGCUUGCCCAAGACGCUAUUCAAGCGGCUUUGAAUGACUACAAGAAAAAACAGUCCAACAAGAGUUCUCAGUAA